UCAAGUUCACAUCGUAAGCGGUGGAAGUGUUUGUUCUCACGGUCAAAAAUGGAAUUACCUAAUUAAUCAGGUGUUAUACUCAGGUUCAGUCAUUUACAGCAUCCUGUGACAUUUAUAAUGAUAUAAGUGUUGGAUCAUCAGCACUAACAAGGAAAUGUCUGCACCUCUCUGCUGUUUCCUGUCUAUCGGGCUCCUCGUGGUUGUCUCUGCAGACCAAAAAAGCAUCACAGCUGAGUCUGGACAGAACGUCACUCUGACAUGUCGAGCUCCAAACGACAAAAAGAUCAUAACUGUAGAGUGGCACGGACCUGACCUGCAGCCAAAAUAUGUCCUUUUAUUUCGGAAUAGACACAUUGAUCCAGAAAACCAGCAUCCAUCUUUUGUGAACCGGGUGGAUCUGCAGGACAGACAGAUGAAGGAUGGAGACGUAUCUUUGAUUUUGAAGAAUGUGACGAGUCUUGACACUGGAACAUACGAGUGUCAUGUCUUCCUGGAAGAAACACGUUCCUUGCAGUCCAUCACAAACAUCACCCUGAGUGUUGUUGAUCCUCCAGGUCAGACAGGAGGAUCUGUUGGACUGAAAGUCGACCUGUCAGUUUUAGGUCUGCUUUUUGCUGUUGCUUUUGGAUUUUAGAGAAUAACAGAGACAGGAUAUCAGCCUCCUGCUGAACUAUGACAGGUCUGAAACCUCUCAGAACUUUUUCCACUUGAACUUUGAUGAUGAACACCAAACAUGUCCAGAGUUUGGAUUGAUAUUAAAUUUCUCUGAUUAUCAUCAAACCUGUUCAGACUGUGUUAGUGUGUUUCUGUGCUGUCUGUCAGAGACUGAACUACAGCAAUUCUUCAUCGUCACAGUUUUCAUAGAAUUUCUUUACUAUAAGAAAAAAAAAUGUUUUAAUCACCUUCAUGACUUCUGUGUAUUCUGUGACACAGUAUUAGGAUAAAGAUUUUGUAUUAGCUUGUAGAGUAUCGUUUCAUGCAAGUCUGCAAUGUAGUUGUCUUAAUAAUGUUCUUUAUACAACCCGAAUUCUAAAAGUCUUGAGACAUUUAAUAAUUUUGAACAACAUGAAAACUAAAAAAAAAAAAAAACUUCCAAUACAGCCAAUAUUUUAUUGGUAAAUGGCCUGUAUUUG